AUGGGUGGCACUUGGUCUAGCAUGGAUCCGAUGAAGAUUGACGUCCCGAAGAUCGACGCGUUAUUGGAACGUGAUCCAUAUUUAAAUCUCCAUGAACAUGAUAUUCGUAGAAGAUACGGUAUUUUCAAGGAAUACUUGGAGAAGAUAAAUAAAGGAGAUAACAAUCUGGAUCAAUUCACCCGGGGGUAUGAAAACUUUGGUAUAAUAAUUGAUAAGAAUAAUGGAGUCCUAGCUCGUGAAUGGGCGCCAAGUGCGCACAAAUUGUACCUCACCGGUGACUUCAACAAUUGGAACAAAACAAGCACGCCAUUCACAAAAUUGGAGUACGGAAAGUGGGAGCUGCGUUUGCCGGCAAAUCAAGACGGAUCUUGUCCCCUGAAACACCUGUCAGAAAUAAAAAUAAUUGUUGAAAAUAACAGAGGAGAAUUAUUUGAACGGCUGAGUCCUUGGGCUCACUAUGUCACUCAACCAGAGAAUCAAAUAACCGAAGGAACAACUUAUAAACAGCGCGUGUAUCAUCCCGAUGCUAAUAAGGUUUACAAAUGGCAACACCCGAAUCCAAAGAAGCCUAAAAGCUUGCGAAUUUACGAAUGCCAUGUAGGAAUAGCGACAAAUGAACACCGUGUUGGAACGUACCUAGAGUUCGCUAAGAAUAUUAUUCCAAGGAUUGUAAAGCAAGGGUACAAUGCCAUCCAAUUGAUGGCUGUGAUGGAGCAUGCUUAUUACGCAAGCUUUGGCUACCAGGUCACAUCAUUCUACGCCGUGUCAUCUCGCUAUGGAACACCAGACGAGCUAAAAGAGCUGGUAGACGUAGCUCACAAGAAUGGAAUCACUGUCCUCCUGGACCUGGUCCAUUCACAUGCGUCAAAAAAUACUCUUGAUGGAUUGAAUAUGUUUGACGGCACUGACGCGUGUUUCUUCCACUCUGGAUCUCGCGGCGAGCAUCCUCUUUGGGACAGCAGACUUUUCAACUACGGCGACUACGAUGUCCUUAAAUUUUUGAUGUCAAACCUGAGGUGGUACAUGGAAGAGUACCGUUUUGAUGGAUUUAGGUUUGACGGCGUGACAUCAAUGCUCUAUCAUUCUCGAGGAAUGGGACAAGGUUUCACUGGUCAUUACGAGGAAUAUUUUAAUUUAAAUGUCGACGUCGAGGGUAUUGUAUAUUUAAUGCUUGCAAAUCAUAUGCUUCAUGAAUUAUACCCCGAGAUAAUUACUAUCGCGGAAGACGUGAGUGGUAUGCCCGGGAUGUGUAGGCCAGUGGAUGAAGGAGGGAUUGGUUUUGAUUAUCGACUAGGUAUGGCAAUACCCGACAAAUGGAUUAAAAUUCUAAAACAUGAAAAAGACGAAGAUUGGAACAUGAAUGACCUAUGCUGGGUGUUGAUAAAUCGCCGAUGGAUGGAGAAGACUGUCGCUUAUUGCGAAUCACAUGACCAGGCCCUAGUUGGAGAUAAAACGAUAGCCUUUUGGCUCAUGGAUAAGGAAAUGUACACGUCGAUGAGCGUGCUAAGCCCGCCUAAUCCGAUAAUCACACGUGGUAUUGCGCUUCAUAACAUGAUAAGACUUAUCACCCAUGGACUUGGUGGUGAAGCUUAUCUCAACUUCAUGGGAAAUGAAUUUGGCCAUCCUGAGUGGCUGGACUUUCCUCGAGCUGGGAAUAACAGCAGUUUCCACUAUGCUAGACGCCAAUGGCACCUCGUCGACGAUGAAAUGUUGAAGUACAAAUUCAUGAACAAUUUUGACCGUGAAAUGAAUUGGCUCGAAGAUAAAUACGGCUGGUUAAAUGCUAAUCCUGCUUACGUCAGUUGGAAGCACGAGGAUGACAAAAUAAUAGUUUUUGAUCGUGCAGGAGUUGUGUUUGUUUUUAAUUUCCACCCAACUAAGUCAUUUGCUGACUACACUAUUGGAGUUCCUGAAGCGGGGACUUAUAAAAUAAUGCUUAACAGCGAUGACAAAGAUUUUGGAGGUGAAAUGAGAGUCGACAAUUCAGUCCCGCAUUUUUCAAAGCCUGAACCUUACGCUGAUAGACCUCAUAGAAUUUUAAUUUAUAUUCCAUGUCGUACGGCGAUUGUUUACGCUCGAGGUAUGUAA